AUUAAAACAUUCUGAAUCAAAUAUCUAAUUUACAAGGAUAUCCGUGUGUAUAGACUGUACAAAAUAAAUAUAUUUAAUCAAACACAAACAUGACGCAUAUAAGAUACAAAAAGGAUAUCCGUGUUCAACGUCUCUUCACUACACCACUGUCCUUAGCUGUCAGCCUACAUAACAUGCAUCACUCAACCAACCGAAUCCUUUAACUGACAGAGACAAAAAAGACAACUGAUGCUGACAGUUUGCGUCCUCAAAUUAUUCAAUCAGCUUUUCAUGUUCGUCCACCGCGGUCACUGCUACUUUAAAAUUCUUAGUGUCUAUCCGAGUUCGGCGAUAAGAAACGGGUAUGAUUUUGGUGGCAAUUAUAAUACUCGCUGUACCACCUUCGAUUGUCGGAGCAGUAUUUCGGUGUGAAGAGGUUAGACGCGAGUCGCUGUUGGAUUUUUACUUGGUUCAGACAUGCAGUCGAUCUAAGAUGAAAAUCAUCGCUCGGGCAAACCUGACCACACCAGAUCGGUGCGCCCUUUUCGCAUUACAGAAACGGGGUCUGGCCUUCAACUUUAGCCCUCCUGGUCUAAUGGAGGGUAGGAAUACCUGCAUUGUUUGCGACUGUCCUGAAUUCGAAACCCUGGCUUCCCUCAAGAAAGAUUUGCGCUAUGAUUACUACAGUCUAUAUGGCAACCCACUACUCGGCUGUCUUUGUAUCGUUAUAGCAAGCAUAGAUCACACCUGUAUACCCAAAUUGGGAGUGUUCCAGCUUCAUCCAGAGCGCCUCAACUUCGCUCAAGCACUGAAUUCAUGUCGAACCAACAACAGUGAGUUGGCACAUGUCAUCUCAGAGCUUCGCACUACUGCCCUGUCAUCACUAGUUAUGCAACUUGGGGGCAACCGAGGCCCGAAGAGGGCCUAUGUCGGUCUCGAGGACAGAAAAGUUGAAGGCCGAUUUACUACGACAAUGGGGGAGCCGUUGAACUGUUUCGACUACAUCGCCUGGGCUCCCAGUGAACCACGGGACCGCCUGGCAGACGAAGACUGCGUGGUGUUGGACAGCUACAAGCAGUGGGGCGUAACAAAAUGUUCAACGAGAAUGCCAUAUCUGUGUGAACUGUGGCCCAGCGGUGAUCAGACAGCUGAUACAGCCACCAGACUAACAAAGUGUACUGUACUACAAAAUCUAGAUAAAAUAAGAAGCUGCAUUGAAUCCACUUCUGCAGCUGAAACUAAUAAAUUCAGUCGUUGCUGGAGAGGAAUCAAGUAUAAGAAUAAACUGCCUUUUGCACUUGGAUGGAAUAUCCAUUUCAAAAACAACUCACAGGAAGCAACGCCCCCUCAUAAUAGAACAGAGCAUGUCAAGACCCUACAAAAUGCAACAUGAAAGCCUUCCUUGAUAUAAUUAGUGUUUCAGAAGGUAGCGACGUCAAAGCUUGAAGCUGACAACACGUGUGCAUGUAAUGACGAAAUCUUGAACACAUUUACUUUGAUUCUACACUUUCUUGUGUUUUCGUAGUAUGGUACUUAUUUGCAGGUG